UCCACAUGUUUGGAUUUUGAUUUGCACCUUUGGGUUGGAUGUGUUAAUAAAUAACAUGCAAAAAUUCAAUUAAUAUUUUCAUUUAAUUUUUUUUAAACAAAAAACAGCAAACUGACUCAUCGGUGUUGUGUAUCAAACAUUCAUCCUUUGAUCCUUGUUUCAUUGUGAUCGUAAUAUUCUGUUAUUAAAACCAAGAACCUUGUAAGUUACUCAAAUGGGCUACUGUGCUGAAAUAAAUUCCCAUGGAAAAUAUGCAUUGAAUCCUAGAGGAAAUCUCUGGCUAAAUGAUAAAGAUAAGUUUGGUGAAAGGCUUAUGAAGAAAAUGGGCUGGAGUGAGGGUAAAGGUCUUGGAAAAAGUGAAAAUGGUAUUAAGGAAAAUAUAAAAGUGAGAUUGAAGAAUAAUAACUCAGGUGUUGGCUGGAAAAAUAAAUGCACUAAUGUAAGAAAUUCAGACUAUGACGUAGUAUUAAAUGAUUUGUGGCAAAACUAUGCGCCUGGAAAGGAGCAUUAUUCUGAUUCCACUUUAUCUGAUGGAAGCCUAGAGGACAGGUCUCAAAAGUUUAGGAAUAGACUGCACUACCGCAAGUUUGUACUUGGUAAAGAUAUUAGCCAGUAUUCUGAGAAAGAUAUGCAAAGCAUUUUUGUUUCAAAACCUAAAGAAGAGAUGGAAAACACCAAUCAAGAAGAUGUUAAAGAACAGGAAGAAAUCGUAAAUGGGUUUCAAGACAAACUAACAAAGAAUGUUUUGAGCAUUGUGGAUUAUUUUAAUCAAAAACUUAAACAUAAAAGAAUUAAUGAAAGUGAAAAAAAUG